AGUCAAAAACGCGUGUAUUUCAAAUAAUCCGAAAUCUUAAUGAUUAAAAUAUCAUUUCUGAAUACGAAUUGCCUAAAUAAUAUUAAUAAAUGUGUAAAGUAGGUUUGGAGUAAAACGACAGACACCAAUUUAUAUAAUUAAAAUAUUUUGAUAUGGAAUUUUUCGAAAAAGCACACGUUGCCUGCAGCAAUGCAACAUCUUUAAAUAAUAAGUCAAAAAAAAAUGUUAAGAAACAACUGAAACAAAUGUUACAUGGCUAUAAACAAAGUGAUAUUCAUCUUAUAAAGUCAUCGGCUCUCGACAAAACAGAGUAUGAUAGUAAUUCUACAUCAGUUAGUGGAUAUUCAGACUUAAAUCUGACCGAUUCUGGCGACGAUGAACAUUCAACUCGGAAGGAGUUGGUAGAGAGUGUAACAGUAGACGAAAAUGAUUCCUUGGAUAGAAGUGCCAGUAAUACUAUACAUAAAGUUACUUCAUAUAAGUCUUCUGAAAUUAGUGCUAGCAAGGAUAAAAAUUCUAUUACUGAAGAAUCCGAUGAUGUCUUUUCACUAGUAGACAGUGAGGCAUCUAAUGCAAAUAGUCUGAUUAAGUCAGAAAGUGAAUCAAACAGUUCAGAACCAUUUGACCCAGAUGGUUUGCUGGCUGCAAAAAUUAUUCAAAGACUUCAAAUCAACAAUGAAAAGAAAAAAAACCUCAAAAGAAAACAUGAUAUUGAAUCUAAGAAGCAUAAAGUCUCAAAAGUCAUUGAAAGUAAAAGUAAAUCUGUAAAAGGUCCCGUCAUUCCAUCAGUAUCUGAAGAAGUUCAACAAUUCUCCGAUGACGACUCAUCUGUCUGUGCCAUAGCUGUGGAAAAAGAUUCCUCUGAAUUUUCUCCUCCAUAUGUUUCUAUUUCAGCCGUUGAUGUACCACUUCUAAGUUUCACAGAUGUUUUAGGAGAUUACAAACAUACAACUAUAAAAAACAUACCAUCCCAACAAAAAUCUGUAACCGCGGAUGAGUAUUCAAAUUUUAUUAUAGAUAAAUCUUUGAGCGUUGACGCUAAAGUUGAGACAGAUAUUGGAAGUUUGACUCCUGAACCUUCAUCGGAUAACGAGAUUGGUGAAAUAGAGGAAAUAAUCAAUCUUGACUCAACAACAGAAACGAUAGAAACGGAUACUCCUAUACCAACUAAUGUACCUUUUGAUGAUACCAUGCAAUCGGAACCAUUGAGCGAUAAAGAAUCUUCAACGGACGAGGAUUACUACAAGGUUAUAGAUACAUUCAAAAUAUAUUAUGGCAACAAAUGCUGCAUCAUCAUAUUGAAACAUCCAACAGAAUUGUUUGUUCAAGGAAAAGUUGCAAUAAAAGUUUUAGACGGCUCAAUUGAUAUAUUCGGUUACACCCCAAAGGACGAUACUUGUAAAUUAUACGCUCCCUUUUACAGCUACGCUCACAGUAUAAAAACUACCGAAGAACCCAAUGAUUACUAUGGGUUGUUCGGGAAAUUAACUGAAGCCGGUCUCUCGGUCGCAGAGGCUGAAGAAAUAGUGAUUACUAUUGGGGAACACGAUGGAGUCGUACUUUUAAAGCCGCUUGUGAACCAGUGUUUAGAUUUUGUAGAAAAUAAUUUUAAAAUAACAAACUUGUUUGUAAGAUCUGUGAAAAACAUUGAACCCUUCUUUACAAAAGCAACUGAUAUUUUAAAUUGUUCUCUAUUCUCAAUAAGGCCGGCUAGAUGCUUCAAAGUCCAUCCCAGUUGGAAAGAGGCACUUAAAUAUUCUCAGGAAAAACAUAGCCGUGGAAUUAUUUGUGGCGGCAAAGGUGCUGGAAAAUCUACAUAUUUGAGAUACCAAGUAAAUAAAUUAAUCUCUCAAGGACCAGUUUUAGUUGUGGAUCUUGACCCUGGGCAGUCCGAGUUCACAGUGGCCGGUGGUAUAUCAGCUACUACCGUGUCCGAACCACUAUUAGGGCCAAGUUUCACACAUCUAAAGAAGCCAGACAUAAUGUUUAAUAUCGGCAUGAUAAACACAAUGGACAAUGCGAGGCGUUAUGUUGCAGCACUGCAGCAAUUGUUAUCACACUGCCGCAAUCACAAACCGUACUCCGAAAUGCCGUGGAUAGUCAACACAAUGGGGAUGACAAACUUCCUAGGGCUCAAGUUCAUAACACUUAUCGUAAUAUUAACGCAGCCAACGUAUCUUCUGCAAUACGAAUCCAAGAAUUCUAAACGAAGAUUUGAAAGCUUCUUAAGACCUUCCAACGUAAAACUUGUAUUCCAAGAUAAUGAAAGCGAUCCCUUGUUCAGCAACAUCACCUUCCCGGAGCAGUUGAAUUAUAAGUUUGUAGUGGCAGACGAGGCGGAUAGCUUCUUGAAAAAUGGCUACUCUUUAUCACCUAGAGACGAGAGAUACCUAAAUUUCUUGGCCUAUUUUGGUCAAUUACUAACUGUCCACAAAGUAAAGAGUUUGCUUGAAAUAACGCCUUAUCAGGUGAACUUGAAAGAUAUCAACGUCGCUACCAAUGUGAUCGUAAUGAAAGAACGUAUUACAAAAGUUAUCAAUGGACAAAUCGUGGCACUGUGUCAGCUGUUGAGACAAUGCGACAAUAGAGUUUUUACAUUAGACGAUAAACCAUUCGUAUGUUAUGGAUACGGUAUUGUCCGAGGAGUUGAUUGGGAUAAGGAGGUUCUAUAUAUAAUUACACCAUUGGAAGGCGAUUUCUUAGCAUGUGUGGAUACUUUGGUGUAUGCAGACUGGAGUCCCGAGUUAGUGGGGCUAGAGACAUGUCUACCGAGUGGCACAAGCAUCCCCUACCGCACCUACACAAGAAACAAGCAUAUACAGCUCAUGUCCACACCAAAGAGGAGAUUCAAUCCACUUCAGCUUAUAAAGAUGACAAGGAAUGCCUAAAUUGAAAGCUCCAUUGAUUAGUUAAUAAAUUUGUAAUUGGAAUAGAUCCAAAAUAUCUUAAAUUAUAAAAGGAAGUCUAAUUAUGUUAAUUCAUGUAUAUUUGAAAGAUAAUUUUGUACUUACAAUACUAAUAAAACAUAACAUAGA